UUUAUUCGCAUCCAAUCUAGAAUAUAAAUUCUCUCCUCACCAAAUGUAGAAAAGGAAGAACCAGAAUCUCUCUCUAUUACACCUUUUAUAUCUCUUUCUAGGGUUUUCAGAUCGCAGGACUCACGGUUUCAUCUUGUCAGUUUCAUUUGUUUUUGCACGAAAGACAAUAUAUUUAUAUUGUAGUACUAUGUGUUCGUAUGUGCUUUUAAAGGAAAUAGGUAAUAAUAUGGGGCUUAAGGGGAAAUAAGAAUGGAACUUAUUUGGAUUAUAUAGGGUAAUAAUAAAAUGGUUAGAUGGGAAAAUAAAUUUGGACUGUGAUUUUGUUUCGUAUUAAUUUUAGAUCUCCAUGUCUUCUGAUCUCAUUUUGAAGGUUUUAUUAUUUACUUCUGUUUAAGAUUUCUCGGUUUAAAUUACUUUUUAAUGAAUCCAAGCAUUUAUGUCUUUUUGUUACUCUGAUGUGGAUUUUAAUAGUCUUUUGGUGAUCUGAUAAAUGUGAUGCGUGGACAGAUACUGUCUGAUAGGAUGACUUGACUAUUGUCAUAGACAAUGGUAUCAGAGCAAGCACCAUGUCUGCUGGUCUCGGUUAUCACUUAGGGUGUAUGGGCACCUGCUCGACGUGGACGUCGAGUCGAAAACAUGGUGUUUUGUCAUGAUUUUCAUUGGGGUGUAUGGGCACAUGAAUCCCACAUCUGAAGCAUUCCUUUGUGCGGUUUAUAUCGGUUUGGGUUCUCCAACCUGAAUGGCUAGCUUUUGGGUUCUGGCUUUUCCAAGUUUUAUGACAACCCUCAUUACUGGAUUAUAUGUAUUAGGCUUUGCUAUUAAUUCGUCUGUCUUUAAGGUGGUUCAGGAAGAACUCCGAUGAUCCCUAAAUUUAAAUAAUUGAAACUGGACUACUUGGGUAAAGUGUAUUUCUUAUGAGAAAAUGGUACAUCAAUUGCAAUUUUCUUGAGGGUAGAAUUGUGUUGUUGUUUUUUGUUUUUAUAUGUUGGCAGAGGAUGUUUGCUCUGGGCAUAAUUUUAUUCAUUGUGACCACCACCUUACAUAGAGCAUGCAGAUUAUGCGUGUAUUUGAGCCCAUUUUUUGGGAAUUCAGGUUUUGUAAUUGUUAUUUUUUUGGAGAAUGAGUGGUUAAAAAGUAGGGAAAAAUUUGAGGUUACGCGGAAAAUUAUUUUAUUGGGAGAAUGUAGUUGAAAAUAAGUUGGGAAAAAAAUAAGUUUUUAUAGAAUGAGGCUCAAAAAGGGGCUAUACUUCAUGUAUGACUCGUAUUAAGGGAAACAUAUUUCAUAGAAUUCAAUAUUAUUUCCACCAUUUUUACGUGUGACUUGUAUUAACUAUUAAGGGAAGUAUAUCUCAUAGCAUUCGAAAUUAUUUCCACCUUUUCUCUGAUGUGUCAGAUGAUGAUUUUUAGUUCCUCAUAUCCUCGGAAAUUGAUAGCUGUCAUUUGUUGUUUCAGUGAUCAAUAAUUUAGAUAUCAUCUGGACUGAUAUAUGUUAUUUUUAAUCAUUACUUACAUAUUAGUUUAGAGCAAUAUUAUGAAAAUUACAAAUUUAUAUCACGUUCUUAACUUAAUUUCAGCUAAGGACCUGAGGUGUCAGGGAUAUGUUGUGUAACAUUUUGGUUAGAAAGUUGGUCAUGCUUGAUUAUUGCUCCACUGUUUGGUGCAAUGUGUAUCUGUAAUCUUGUCACUGUAACCAGAUGAUGAUUGAUUGCCGUCUUUCACUUUAUACAGAGAUUUAUGUUCAGUUGGCAUCCUUCAUGUUCUUUUUGCGGAGAUCAUAAAUGCGAAAGACAGUUGUCCGUAAGUAAUCAAUUCUUUGUUCUGUGUGUGAGAAAGCAUGGGGUCUGCAUGUUGUGUCGCAGCUAGAGAACCUAUAACAAAAGGAUCUCCCAGUGAAGCUUUGCAGAGGCAUGCCCGCCGUUCACCCUCUUGGAGCUUUAGAUGGGAUAAUCGUGGGCGAGUAGCUGGAGAAGAGCCAUUUGAGGAUUGGGUACAUGAUGGAGGGGGUGGCAGUCAUCCAUUGGAUGCCAAAUCUGGUGCCACUGUAGAAAUUGCUUCUGCUUCUGAAGGGGGCAUCCAAUUAGAUAGUUCCCAGUCACUUGUGUGGCAAAAGUCCCCAGUUUUGGAAGAAAAUACUGGGAUUCUUAGACAUCCUUCUUCUGAUCCUUCUAUUUCCUGGUCUUCAGCAGAGAUGAAAGAGUCAACAGAAUCCCCUGCAGUUUUAUACCCAUCUCCUGCAAAGCUAUCUACUUCAGCACCUUCUGCUUUAUCUUUGACAACAUCUUCUUUAUCAUCUAAAAUUCACCAUCUUCCCCCACACUCAACUCCUUCAAGGUUGCGUUGUCGUUCUCCAGGACACCAGCUAUUAAGGCAUGUAUCUGAUAGCGGGAUUCCUGAAUGCAAGUUACCCGCAUUUUCGAUAUCUGAAGAAGCAUCUUCUUUAUUGCUCCCUACUCAGGGCUCCAACGAUGGGUCUUCAAACAACUGUUCAUCUCCCGCCUUUUCAGAGUUAACAAGAACUAGGAGAGAGAGGUGGUCUUUUGAUAGCCAACAACUAUCAGGGUCUACUUCCUUGAAUCUCCAAACAUGUGGUAUCUGUUCAAAGCUUUUAAUCGAGAGAUCUUCAUGGGGUGGCCAAAAAUUAAUUGUUACCACUGAAAUUGAUGUGGUUGCUGUUUUAAUUUGUGGGCAUGUUUUCCAUGCUGAGUGCUUAGAGUUCAUGACGGCUGAAACCAACAAAUACGACCCAAAAUGCCCAGUCUGUGCUCUUGGGGAGAAGAUAUCUGGAAAGGCACUAAAAGCUGAAAUGGAUUUGAAGGCUAGAAAGCAAUCCCGGAAUUGGGUGGUUGAUAGCAAUCUCAUUGAAUUUGAUCAUGAUAAAAGCAGUGGUCAUGACGGAACAAAUCCCAAAAUUAGCAGCUCUUUAGGAAACCGUUUCUUGAGACGGCGCUUCUCUAUCGGGUCAAAGGAAAUUAGAUCAUUUUCUGAGAAUCACACCACUCGGAAAAAGGGAUUUUUCUGGACGAAAUCUAGCAAGGAGUGAGCUUCUUGACAACUCCAAAGAAAUUUCACAGUCGGAUUGAUCUGCAACUGGCAGAUGAACAGUAACUACUGAAGAUACACACUGUAAAGAAUGGGGUUAGUACAAAUUGAAAGAUCGAAGUUCCAUAUAGGAAAAGGAAAAAGGUAGUAAUUUGAAGUAAGAGCCUGGUAAAAUUUUGUUUUAUUCACAAAUUUCAACUUUGCUCCUCUUUACGGAGUUCGUUACUUGGCUUUAUUUGUUGGACCGAGUUCUUGUUUUUGGGACAAAUUUCAACUUUGCUCCUCAAUUUCAUUUUUGGUCUCUGUACUUGAAAUCUCAAUUGGGUCCUCCAACUUUAACGUGUCUGAGUUAAGUUACUAAACUUCACUUUUACUUACAAUA